AUUUUAAAAAUGCCACUUUAACACAUACUUCAAGUAGGAGAUUUUGUAUAACAACGGAAAUUGUAGGAGGACUGUAUAUCACACUUCUCAUAAUAUCCUACUAUUUCACUUCCUAUUUCACAUUUACAAAUUACGUUUUGAUAUAGACGAAAUAUACAACAUGGACAUAUGGGUCAGUUUUAUUACGACUAUUACUGUGAUACUAUUGACCACUGUCCCGGACAUACUUCCAAUACAGCCACCUGGAUUUCUUGGAUGCUACAAAGACAAGUUGGGGAGAAUAUUUAAGAAUAUCAACAAAACACUCGAUUACAAUAUAUAUGAACGUGAAGAUGUCGUCAAUAAGUGUAUCAAAUUUUGCAGAUCGUCUAAAAAUAGAUAUGCAGGCGCAAAGUUUCACAGUCAAAAUAUGAAAUGUUUUUGCGGCACCGUUAUUCACAGCAGUGAUCCAACAAGCUGUGAAGAGUACUGUCCAGGAAACGGGAAGAAGGAAUGUGCAGGUCCUGAAGCUAUAGGCCUGUACGAUACCUGGCCGUGUGCAGCUGAACCCUGUAAGAACAGCGCCACCUGUGAAGAUAUCGACGCAGACAAUUAUAAGUGCAGUUGCACUAAAGGAUGGAAAGGUGUUAAUUGCGAUGAAGGAGAGGAAGUCAAUCACCCAAACGCUGUAGAAGUUUUGGUUCCCACGGUGCUUACAAUUGUUGCGGUUAUUGCAAUAGUCAUAUUCUUGAUUAUUAGGCGAAGACGGAACAAAACUACAACAGAUAUAUCUCACAAAGGAAGUGCUGGUGGAGUUGACAAUCAGUACGUUGGAUACCAGAGACAUCCUUCCCAGCAACCAUCUAUCAUCUAUACUCCGGAAUCGUAUUCAUCUCCCUACGCCGAAAUUCCACUGGAAGGCUUUAACAGAAGUUCGAAAAAUGACCCUAGUGCCGCCAGCAUUAAACCCGAUAACCAAUAUAAUGUUCCAAAUGUGCAAUCGUCUCCAGCCCUGGCCACGUGUUCCAAUUACUCACAUCUAGAGAUAAAUCAAGCAAUAUUGAAUUCAGCUGAAUCGAACACGUAUUCACAUACGACCGUGCUAAACGACAAAAAUCAAAUUAAGCCCACAUCAUCUACAGAUGGUGUAGAAAACACUUAUAACAUAUUGCAGAUUUCCUCUAAACCGAAAGUGGCCAACAAAUCGGCAAAUGAUAUUUCUGAUGCUUCAGUUUACAAUCAUGCAAAAGCAGGAGGUCGAAAUCCAAAGAAUACCGGCAUAGACGAUUACUCCCACUUAAAUACAGUAAACAGAUAAAACUUAAAAAGAACAUACAUUUAGAAGCCAGUUCACUUGGCGGACCUUUAUUUACAUAGAUUAUAUAGUUUGACAUUAAAUGUGUGACACAAUCUCUACUGAUUUCCCCUUUGCAACCAGUGUAGAUCAUGAUCAGUCUGCACAUCCAUGUAGUUUGAUCAUGAUCUGCACGAUUCGCUAUUCACUUAGUAUAUUUUUGGUAUGCUCCCCUUUUAACAGUAAUUGUACCCUCCAAAUUGAAAGAUAAACGAGUUCGUUAUAGAAAUUUAGCAGGGUAAGGGUUAGACAUUCUGCGUUUGAUUUAUCUGUUAAAUAUAUCGUUCUCAUACGCUAUCCUGUUUGAUACGAUAUAAGGUAAUGGAUCCGUAUUCAGACUCGGCAAUAUUCGUAAAACUACUCGGCAAUUUUCGUAAAAUUACUCUCAUUAUGUAAUUUGGCAUUCUCCGGACGUAAAAAAAACGUCAUUGGUCGGUUUUCAUAACAUUUCUAUUACCGUAAAUGUAAUGUUAAAUAUGUAAAUUACCCGUAGUGCCAUACUUAUACCAGUAUAAUCUACGUCAUAACAAGUUACGCAAUAUCAUGAAAUUAUAUAUGUUACACAGCAAACUAUGCAUACAUAAUACUAAAGCUCGAUUACAUGCCGAUCUAUUUGUAACUUAGGUUUUAGUUUUAAUGACCCAUACAGGUUUCCGUAUAUUCGUAGUUGAAACUUCUAUACAACAACCUUGUGAUCGCAAUCCACUUGUCAACCUUGUGAACUUUCCUUUUUUCGGACAAGAUAGACAUUACAGUGGACACUGACACAUUCUUCUUGUAAAUGUUUUAGUAUAUUAAAUUAGCAAAUAUUCUUAAAUGUUAUGAUGAACCAUUGGUCAACCAUGAGCUAUCCAAGGAAGACAACAGUGGAUGAACUUAUUGAUUGAAGUGAUGUUUAUAAUAUUCUAAUCUGCAAAAUUCGCUUUGUUCUUGUAUGAAACCAUUUCAAAAUUAAAUCGGUAAUUAGAUAGAUGUAUAAAAAUGCUAUAAGAUGUACAUGUAAAUGAAUCAUAACGGCAAUGAAAGUGAAUAUUAUGUUAUACAAAGGAACGGUAAUUCAAGUCUUGAUCUGCUCAUUCCCUCCCUUGGUAUAAUAAUGGUAUCACUUUGAUUCGCUAGUGAUUUGUGAUAUCUAGUAUGUUAAUAGUCUAUACAAAAUGCAAAAA